ACACCGCCAGGGUGCGGACCCUCCGCCCCUCUAGCUCGGCCCCGCCUCCCUCAGCCUGAGGAGGGGCCAAGGCGGAGCCAGCCGGGCCGCUCUGGGGCGGAGCAGGCGCUGGUGCGGGCAGAGCGCGCGGCGAAGGUCCGUAGCUGGAUUGCUGUCGCUGCGGCUGCCCAGGACUCUCUUCCGCCAGCAGCCCCCCCGCCCCGCGGGCAGGCGCAUCUUUGCCGCGCGGCGGGAGGCGCGGAGCCCGAGGGAAGGAACGAGUCCAGUACGCAGCGACUAGGCUGCUUCCCACCUCGGGCAGGCGGUCCGGCUCCCGGCUGUUCGGACCCGCCUGGCGUCCUCGCCUCGGUUGGGCGGGCGUCCACGGCGCCCGGGCGGGCAUGGCUUCGGCUGGCAGCGGCAUGGAGGAGGUGCGCGUGUCGGUGCUGACCCCUCUGAAGCUGGUCGGGCUGGUGUGCAUCUUCCUGGCGCUGUGCCUGGACCUGGGGGCCGUGCUGAGUCCGGCCUGGGUCACGGCCGACCACCAGUACUACCUGUCCUUGUGGGAGUCCUGCCGGAAACCCGCCAGCUUGGACAUCUGGCACUGCGAGUCUACGCUCAGCAGCGACUGGCAGAUUGCUACUCUGGCUUUACUGUUGGGCGGUGCUGCCAUCAUUCUCGUUGCAUUCCUGGUGGGUUUGAUUUCCAUCUGCGUGGGAUCUCGAAGGCGCUUCUACAGACCUGUUGCUGUCAUGCUUUUUGCAGCAGUUGUUUUACAGGUUUGCAGCCUGGUCCUUUACCCAAUCAAGUUCAUUGAAACUGUGAGCCUGAAAAUUUACCAUGAGUUCAACUGGGGUUAUGGCCUGGCCUGGGGUGCGACUAUAUUUUCGUUUGGGGGUGCCAUCCUUUAUUGCCUGAAUCCUAAGAACUAUGAAGACUACUACUAAAACCAACUCUCGAGCAAAAAAGAAAAAGAAAAAACAACCAUCCAACAAAAGAUUUACAUCUGCAUCUUUUCUAACUCACAGUUUUCUAAAACACUUGUGGAGCAUCAAACAGUUUGCUCAGUUGAUUUAAUAUACUUACUUUGCCUCUUGGCUAUCAACAUCAUAACCAGCUUUUACAUCCAUGUUAGGAACCUGCACAAACUAAGAGAGCUGAUUAGAUAUAGGCAAAUGCUGCAAACUUCCAAUAUGUUCAUGUUAUUUUUCUUGACAAGUGAAGGGUCUAUAUGACAGCAACCAGUGUAAGAAACUAGUCGGAAUGAGAAUUGCCUGAAUCUCCUAUUGCCUGCAGGGGAGCAGCUGGCAUAAGCAACAUUAAAAGUUCCUUUGUGCAAACAAGGAUUCCACUGUUAGAGCCCUUAUCACCUGCUUAAACCACCCACUGACUACAUUGGCUCUUGGUUAUUCACUUGUGAGCUCUUGAAAAGUCACCUGCCUUUCAGGUAUCUAAUGGGAGUUGUGAAUAUAACUGGAUAAUGAUUCACAUUCCACCUUCAAGAAUACUCUUUUUAAUGGGAGAUUAUGCGUUAGCAAUCAGCAUCUCCCUGGAAAGAAAGUCAAGACUUGGAGACAUGCGUUUUUAAUUACAUGGUUAAAAAUUGUGCCUCAGCCUCAUGUAGAAAAUUGAGUGUCUCUGCUUUCCCUGGGGCAAUGAGAGAAAAGAUUCAUGAGUUACUUUUGUACUCUUUAAAUCAUUUGCCAAACAUUGCAGCAAAUAAUUGUGCAUACGUAACAAGCUUAAAUAUUUUUAUAGAAAGUGAAAGUUAGUAUAAAUGGUAAUAAGCUGUUCCCUGACCCUGCACAUGCAUUUACUAAUUAUACACAUAAUUCAUAUUUGCUCUAGUGAAGUGGUUUGAACACUAACUUUGUACACAUUAUUAAGAGGCUUAGAUUGGUAUUCACACUUAUUUACCAUAGAAAAGAACCUAUAUCUUUUUGCUGUGUUCUCUACUGUUUCACUGGAAGUGUUAAUAAAAUUGCUUAAGAAGAAAAAUUGAAAUAGUGUUAAUCUAAAAAUUAAUGAUUAUUGGGUAAGCACUGUAGUUCAAAAGAGAGUAGCAAUUAGGAUGAUCACUUUGUAAAAUUCAUUAAAAUACAAGGCUGCUAUUUUUUGCAAGUAUUUUAAAUGUCUUUGUUAAGAAAAGAAAUAGUGAUAGAUUUAUAUAAAUGUCUUGGUAGAGGAGUAGAAUUCAUUUGGUUAUCACCUGGUCCUCUGAAGUUCUAAUGGGCUAACUGAUUCGUGCACACAAGUAUGAUGGAUUUAUGUUAGGAGAAACAUUUAUUGAACUGUUCUAAGAGAAGGAAAUAUCAUUAAUAGGGAGUAAGUUUGAAACUAAUCUCAUACUGCAAACUUGUGUUAAUUCUGUUUACUAUACAAAUUUGGAUAUUUUAAUUAUAAACCUAUUUUUAUAUAAAAUAAACAGUUCUAAUAUGAAAGCUAUAAAUGAUUAUUUUUAUUAACAAAGACAUUAAAAACAGUAUGUUCUGGUUUGGCCCUCUUGCAGAAAGAAGCACUGGAAAAAUAACUUAAAACAUGCCAAUGUGCUAUUGUGUUACGAAAUCCAUUAAGAGCAGGACCUUAGCUAUAGAUUUAAUAAUUUCCUUUACCUCCCAGAGCAGAGUGCUGCUUUCAGCUUGUCUUAAGAGUAGUUGCCAAAAACAACCCUUCUCCCCUCAAAAAAGCAUUUUAUUUUUCAAAUGCCAAAAAAACACACUUGUGGAUUUUCUUUUGAAUCUCAAAGUAAGUAUGAAGUACCAGGCUUAUGCUUAUUUUAGUAAUGAUAGACAAAAGUCAUUCAGUGCAUCCUAAAAAGAAACCUUUAUAAAAGUUUAUGAUUCUGUAAAGAAUCAUAAAAACUAUGGAUGGAAAAUAUCCAGAAAGAUAUUAGUAUUAUAAAAUAUUUUGAAGAAAUUUUCUUGAGAAAUAGUGAAAUCUGGAGCAGGCUGCCUUGCAGUUAAUUGCAUAUUGUCAGAACAGCAUGAGAAAUACACUAUUUGGAUAGGGAUUCAAGUAAACACACUCCAUUGUGAGAAGAUCUUUUUAUUCUUGAAUAAUAGAAGAAUAGUUCUUUGGUGCUGAUAUCAAUGAGGCACUUCUAGUGGAGGAUGCAGUGUGCUGUUAGACCAAUAUCAUAUCUAGAAUCUUAUCAAGUUUUCAUUCUGUCAAUAUGACAAGCUGAGAAUUGACAGAAUAUGUUACAGUUGCACAUAUAUUAGCAGUUUACUGAAAAGUAGAUUUCUUCUAUAACUUUUCCUUUUCCCAGUGAAGAGCCCUAUGCUAUAUUUCUAGCAUCACUAAUAUUGGGAAGUGUUUCAUUACUAACAAGGCUCACUACAACAGGAAAAUUAUUGUUGCUCAUUCAAAAUACUAUUUUGUCCAUCAAAAUAAACUUAAGAGAAAUUUUCACUGACACUAACGUCUUUGCAGCUUUAGGUUUAUUUGAUGUUUUCUUAAGCAAAAUUGUUAACUACCAACCCAUUGUUUAUCUUAGAGAGAUAAUAUAUACAUACACACAUAGCAUAAAAGUACUCAGCAGGGCUAGUUAUUCAGAUUUCUUGCACAAGUAUUUAGCUUUUUGUAAGUUCAACAUGUAAAUUUUAAAGACAUAAAUAUAGAGAGACUGUGUUUGAGAUAUAAAUGAUAUAUAUGGAUUAGCAUGUACCUGUAUAUUAUUAAACAUGCAAUGAACUGACUGGUAAGUGAUGUCUAAUUGUAUGGCUAGCAAUGUAAUUUAUUCAAACUGUAUUUUUGUACAGAGCAGCACACACUAACCUAUGCCUCUGUGUCCUCUUUAAUGCCUAAAACUGUGCCUAGAAAUUUCAUCUGUCUUAAAUAAAAUAUACUUCAUGCUGUUUAUGCUAUUAGUUUCUCUACUGCUAUUCUAUAUUUAUUAUUUUUAAAUAUAUGACAUGUUUACUACUUAAAUAUGAAUUUCUGAUAUCCUGGUUACUUUUUCUUAGCAGUCAUCUGGGGAAAAUCUGUUUGUCGCUCCUGUGAGUUUGAGUUUAUAGUUUCAUGUUCAGUUCUAAAUUUCAUGAUUUUUGUAGUUGACAUGAAGUUACUAUGUGGAAAAAAAUAAAAAUAAAAGUGA